AUGAUAACUGAUCAAUGUUCAGAAAAUGUACGUAAAAGUGAAUCAUGGAGUUUAAAAUCAAUAUUUAAUCCUCAAUUUGAUUCAUCAUAUAUUGAAAAUAAAUAUGAAUUAAGUUUUUUAAAAAAUAUUUAUCCAUCUCGACAUCGUUUAUUAGUAUUGAUAUUAUUAAUUCAUGGAUUGAUUUAUUUCUUUCAAUGUUAUUUCAUUGAUGAGAAAGAUAAUUAUGUUAAAUUAAUAACAUAUUUCUUCUUAUCUUCAAGUAUUUUACUUAAUUUAUUUUCUUUAAUUCUAAUAAAUCGUAUACGAAAUAGAAAUUUAUCUUAUAUAAUAUCAUUAAUAUGUAUAUUACCUUUAUGUCUUUUAACUUGUUUUUAUCCAAAUCAAUAUAAUAUUUGUUUGGUUAUUUUAUUAAUUUAUACAUUAUUAAAUUUAUCAUUUGUAUUAUCAAUAUUAAUAACAAUAUUUUUAACAAUUCUAAUAAUUGUAUUAAAUCUUAAAAAUCUAUCUAUAUUAUUAUUAAUAUGUCUAACACAUUUGAUUGGAAUUUAUUUAAAUCGUUUAUUAGAUAUUAAUAUUCGAUCAGCACAUAAUCAAUUAUGUAAAAAUGCAAUUGUUCAUCGUUCAUUAUCAACUGAACAUACAUUAAUAUCUAAAAUGAUUGAUUCAUUAAUGCCAAGAAAAUAUGCUCAAGUUAUAAUGGAAGAUUUUGAUGUAUUUCGUCAACGUGUUCAAAAUGUAAAUAUAACAGAAAAAAUCAAUGAUGAAAAAAAAAUGGCAACUUUUCGUCCAUUACAUAUUGAAAGAAUGGAAAAUGUAUCAAUAUUAUUUGCUGAUAUUGUUGGUUUUACCCAAAUGUCAUCAAAUAAAAGUGCAUCACAAUUAGUUUCAUUAUUAUCAGAUUUAUAUGGAAGAUUUGAUGAUUUAUGUGUUCAAAUGUCAUGUGAAAAAAUAGCAACAUUAGGAGAUUGUUAUUAUUGUGUUAGUGGAUGUCCAGAACCACGAGAAGAUCAUGCCAAAUCUUGUCUUCUAAUGGGUUUAGCUAUGAUAAAUGCUAUUGAAGAAUUUGAUCAAGAUAAUAAUGAACAAGUUGAUAUGAGAGUUGGAGUCACUUCGGGUUCAGUUAAUUGUGGAAUUGUUGGAACAAGAAAAUUUAAAUUUGAUAUUUUUUCAAAUGAUGUUACAUUAGCUAAUAAAAUGGAAUCUACUGGAAAACCUGGUUAUGUUCAUAUAACUGAAUCAACUUAUUCAUUUGUUAAAUCAGAUGAUUUUCAAUUUGAAGAAGGUUUACCAUAUGAAUUAUCAAAUAAUGUUUCAAUUAAAACUUAUUUUAUUGGUAAAAGACGUUUAAGUCAUCGAAUAACUUGUAAACCUCCCCAAAUGACAUUAGCAAAAGCGGCUGCUGUAGCUGUUGCAUCAGGUGUUCCAUUAUCAGUUCCAUUAAAUGAUAUUAAUAAUAUUGCAAAUCAAUCAGAACAAACAAAUGUAUCAAGUCCAUUAUUAGAAGAAGUUGAACAAGCACGACGAGCAACAGUAACUGAAGAUGAUCAAUCAAAAGGAGGAGAUGUAACUAAUGAUAAAAUAAUUGAAAAUUUAAAUGAAACAACAAUUGAAAAUGAAGAAAAAGAAUUAGUUUUAGCAUUUCAUUUUUUAACAUUAAAAUAUAAAGAAAAUCGUUUAGAAAAAUCUUUUCAUAAUUCAAUUGAAUCUUAUUAUUUAUUUCUUAUUGAAAUUAUUUUAUCAAUUUUAUCAUUAAUAUUAAUUUUUAUUUAUUUAUUAAAAACCAAAUAUUUAAUUAUAACAAUAUUAAUAUUAAUCUCAAUUCAAUUGAUUUUAUUGAUUUUAUUAAUUUAUUUAAAUAAAAGAUUAAUUAAGAAAUCUUUGUUAAGACAUUUAUUUAUUUCAUUUUAUCUUUUAUCUCCAUUAAUAAUAAUCUUAUUAAAUAACAAUUAUUUAUUAACAUUAACAGUAUUUUCUCUCUUUAUUUCAACACAUUUAACAUUAGGUGCAUCAAUAUCUCAUUUAAUUAAAAUAUUUCUUGCUUUUAUAUCAAUUCUCACUUAUUUUAUUAUUAUUUUUAUUAAACAAAAACAUUUUCAAAUUGAAUCAAUAAUUGAUGUAAUUCUCUCUGUAUUAAUCUUAUAUUGUAUAAGUCGUCAAAUUGAAAUUGGACGUCGUUUUCAAUAUCAUGUUAUUCAUCGAUCAACUGAACAAAGAAUUGAAAUCGAAAAAGAACGUGAAAGAGCUGAUUGGCUUUUAAGAAAUAUUUUACCUGAACAUGUUAUUGAACCAUUACGUCUUUUAGGUGGAUCAUAUUCUCAAAAUCAUCCAUGUGUUGCUGUUGUUUUUGCAUCAUUAAUUAAUUUUCAUGUUAUGUAUGAAGAACAAUAUGAAGGAGGAAAAUUUUAUGCAAGAAUUUUAAAUGAAUUUUAUGGAGAUAUUGAAGAAUUAUUUCUUGAUCAAAGAUUUUCAAAAAUAGAAAAAAUUAAAACUAUUGGUGCAACAUUUAUGGCUGCAUCUGGUUUACAAACUCAAUCAAAUCAACAAGAUCAACUUCAAUCAGUUUAUGAUCUUAUAGAAUUUGCAUUAGCAUUUCAAAAAACAAUGAUUAGAUUUAAUGAAGCACUUUUAAAUUUUGCAUUUGAACUUCGAAUGGGUUUCAAUUUUGGACCUGUUACUGCUGGUGUUAUUGGAACAACAAAAUUAUUUUAUGAUAUUUGGGGAGAUACAGUUAAUGUUGCUUCAAGAAUGGAUUCAACUGGAGAAAAAGGAAAAAUUCAAGUUCCUGAACAUGUUGCUUUUGCGUUAAAAGACAAAUAUCAAUUUGAACUUCGAGGAGAAAUUGAUGUUAAAGGAAAAAGUCGAAUGACAACUUAUUUUCUUAAAACAAAUUUCAAUAUUUAA